UUUUGUUUUUAAAAGAAGAUUGUGUUUAUACAAGGCCUUACAAUACAGCUAGAAUUCAAGAAAAUGACCCUUUCUGAAAGAAAAGACAGUUUAACAAGCAUUUGGAAAACUUUGGACUAUCCAAUGAUUAUGGCAUCAAGAAACAUCUGCUGUGUGAGAAGGAACUUUCUCUUUGAUUUAAGAGGUUGGAUGCUCCAAUAUUCAGCAGAAAUUUUCCUCAAGUCAAUUCCAUUCAGGCUGUUUAAUGUGGAAUGCAACAGUAAAGGCAAGGAGUCUUUGGAGAAUAAGGACCUACUGAACAACUUGCUCAACAUGGGAGUUGAUAUUGACAGGGCAAGGAGACGACAGCCUGGAGUGUUUAACAGGGCUGUUACGAAUGAGCAGGAGCUGAAGAUAUUCCUUCUAUCCAAAGGAGCUAGUGACACAGUGAUUGGUAGCAUCAUAUCAAGAUAUCCACGAGCCAUAACACGCACUCCUGAAAGUCUUUCAAAACGAUGGGAACUGUGGAGAAAGAUUAUGGCAUCAGACCUUGAAAUUGUGAAUAUUUUGGAGCGUUCUCCUGAAUCCUUUUUUCGGUCUAAUGACAACCUAAACUUAGAAAAUAAUAUAAAGUUCCUCUGCUCUGUUGGAUUGACUCAUAAAUGCCUCUGCCGACUGCUGACCAAUGCUCCCAGAACCUUCUCCAACAGUCUGAAUUUGAAUAAACAAAUGGUUAAAUUUUUGCAGGAGACCAGUAGAUCCUUAGGUCACAAUGAUCCCACAGAUUUUGUCAGAAAGAUAAUUUCUAAAAAUCCUUCCAUCUUAAUUCAGAGUACCAAACGUGUGAAAACUAACAUUGAAUUUUUACAGUCAACUUUCAACUUAAACAAAGAGGACCUGCUGCUUCUGAUAUGUGGCCCAGGAGCUAGAGUCUUAGACCUUUCCAAUGACUGUACCAAAAAAAACUACACAAACAUCAAAAAGAGGCUGCUUUCUCUUGGACACACCGAGGAGGAGAUACAGAGGUUUGUCCUAAGCUAUCUGAAUAUGAUCUUCCUGUCAGAGAAAAAAUUUAAUGAUAAAAUAGACUGCCUUAUAGAAGAAAAAAUUAGUAUGUCACAAAUAAUUGAAAAUCCAAGGGUGUUAGACUCCAGCAUAAAUACUUUAAAAACCCGCAUCAGAGAGUUGUCACAUGCUGGGUAUGACUUGAGCACAUCCAGCAUUGCUCUGCUAUCCUGGAGUCAGAGAAGAUACGAAGCUAAACUGAAGAGACUGAGUGGAUAGGACAGUAUGGGAGGAGUCACAGGGAACCGGACUAGUGCACCACUGGUUCCAGCAGACUUUUCAAACAAGAGAGUUUUUUCUUUUUUUAAUAUAUUUUUUUAUUUUAAAAUUUUUUUAAAUAAAUAUUUAAAAAUA